ACGUGUCGUGUCGGUGCUAUUAUUGAAAUUGUGUUGUGAUCGGUGAAAAAAAAAAUGUAUUAAGUAAUUGAUUUUAUCUAUUUUUUCUAUAUGUGGAUAUUUAUAAAUCGCGCCUAUAAUUAGUGAACAGAUCAGAAAACUAUUGUUUACAUCAAACUUUUAAUGCGUGUGAACCAUGCCAAACAAUGGGCGUAAACGCGCCGCCCCCCAGUCCGCACGGUCGUCCAAGAUCAGGAAGCCUAAACAUGUUUCCGAUGGCGAGGACAGCAAUGGGUCAUCGAUUUCGGACCAGGACGUGCCCCGGUCUCCUUCUCCAAUCGACGAUGAGCCUGCGAUUAAGUUACCAGAGGAGUUGCUGAAGACUUUCUACAAGACGCCCGGCGUGCUGCUGAUAGCGGGGCUGGUCUCCUGGGACCUGGUGGCCAAGCGGGACAACAAUCCUAGCAAGCGGACCCACCCCAAUCUAUAUACCUUUCACAAAUUUACCGAUCGCAAGUACCGCUUAAUAGUCAGCGGCUGCAGCGCUGGCCAUUCCAUUCUCGUGUCCGAGGAAGGCGAUGCUUACACUUUCGGUCGGAACGCGUGCGGUCAGCUCGGCUUCGGCGACACGACCACUCGUGACAUACCGGAGGCGGUGCCCACUCUCAAGGGGCUGAAUAUAAUACACGCCGCCGUUGGGCGGAAUCACUCGCUGUUCGUCACAGACACCGGCGCUGUGUACGCAUGCGGCGACAACAAGAGUGGACAAUGCGGCGUCGGGAACACCACGGCCCAGAUACUGAAACCGACGCGUAUUAAAUACAGCGGCGCGCCGAUAGUGAAGGUUGGCUGUGGGGCGGAGUUCUCCAUGAUCCUGGACUGCAACGGUGCCCUGCACUCUUUCGGACUGCCCGAGUAUGGACAGCUAGGUCAUAAUACGGACGGCCGGUACUUCGUGACGUCGACGAAGCUGUCGUUCCACUUCGAGACGGUACCCAAACACGUCGCGCUGUUCUUCGAGAAGUCCAAGGACGGCCACGUGAGCCCCGUCAAGGAUGUGGACAUCGUGGACUUCUCGUGCGGCAACAACCACACGGUGGCGAUAGACUCGAAGAAGCGCGCGUACAGCUGGGGCUUCGGCGGCUUCGGUCGGCUCGGGCACGCGGAACAGCGGGACGAGAGUGUGCCGCGGCUGAUCAAGUUCUUCGACUCGCAGUCACGAGGCGUGCGUUCCGUGCACUGCGGUUCCACCUACAGCCUCGCCGUCAACGAGAAUGGUGCCCUGUUCCUGUUUGGCCAGACAAAGAGAACCGGUGAAGCGAACAUGUACCCCAAACCAGUGCAAGAUCUUUCUGGCUGGAACAUUCGCAGUGUGGGCACGAGUAACACUUCAAUAGUGCUGACGGCGGACGACUCCGUGAUAGCGUGGGGCGUCUCGCCCACCUACGGAGAACUGGGUACCGGUGAGAUCGCCAAGUCGACUGCGCGGCCCAAGGAAGUAACUAAAAUGGAGGGCAUGAACAUUACUCAAGUCACUAUGGGCUUCUCCCACACGUUACUACUGUGCGACGACUCCACCGAGGAGGUGAAGCAGAAACUGGCCGCUAUGCCAGCGUUUGAGCCGUAAACAGGCAGCGGUUGUGCGCCGCCGGACGGUCGUUGCGGUGGCACUGGGCCGAGCCAGCCUGAGGUCGGCCGCCGCGGCCGUCGGCCCGAACUGGCCUGAACGGGAGAAGGUAAGGCUGAACGCUCAUUGUAAGACUGUUUCUUCUACAGUGUGUUAAACAUUUCGUAUACUUACCAGUGUUUGUGUAUAUUACACUAUCAAAUAUAUAAGGUCGUGUGUAAGUGGGUUUGUCCAUUUAAUAAGUUCAUAAUAUAAUUAAAAUAUCAUUUAGAUAGGUAUAUUAUAAAUGUGUCAGGAUGGAGUGUCUGUCUGGCAACGUGUCACCAGAACAGACAACUUUAUAUUCUCGUCGAGUGAAUUUUACCCCCCGAGAGAGACUUUGUAUAAAAGCCGCCUGCAUGGGCACACCACUAUCUUAAAAGGGUUUAAUAUAGCAGUGAAAUUACAGAGUAUAGAUACAUAACAUCGUAUAUAUCAGUAAUGGCGACGCAGGAGGGGCACCAUUGUCAUAACAGUUUAUUCUGUAAUGUCUAUGGUACUGUUCGUGCCUAUAGACCACAGUUACCACUUACAUCAGGUGGGCCGAUAGUCUGCCACUCUAAAUAUCAAACAAAACCAUCUCUCAUAUACUUAAUUCAUUAAUUUGAGCAUAAAUAGAAAAAUAUAAUUGGGGUCAAUAGUUAGGUCAAUUUGUUUCUUGCCAUUUGACACUUCAUCUUGAGAUUUUUUUUUUACUAACAUAGUAUAUAAUAAUUUAGUAAUAAUCGAGCGACUCCACUAUGUUUUUAUUGUUGUAAACAACAUGUGGUUCUUUGUAUUUCAUAGUGUAAUAUACCACCAUAACAUGCAUUUGCAAGUUAUGCUUUUUUUUUAGUUAUAUAUUUUUUAUUAUAAUAGAUAGGUAUUCGAUUUCUCAGUCGAUUGACAAGAGCGCUUACGCACUAUUGGCGAUAUUAAAAGACACUCUAUUUUUAUUUGCUUUGACUUUGCUUAUUUUUUAUAAAAUAAGUGUAAAAAAAAUUUAGUUAAACGGUUUCAUUGUAAAGGGGCACAAUAAUGAUGCGGAUAGUGUAUUGGAAGCUAAAUAUUUAGGCAGACACCAGGCGCCAGUCACCACACCACUCGUCUCAUAGUCUAGAACAUCGAUCAAACAUGAAAUUUCUAUCAUCUAUAGUCAACUGCUCAUAUCGUAAUGGGUAUGUGGAUGCGUUCUCUCAAUAGACAGCUUAUGAAAAAUGUGAUUUCUCUACUCUAUCAGCUUUUUCAAGGUCAGUAAAGGCGCAGAAAACCUUCUGAUGUUGAACUAAAGUUUUUUUGCUUCCAUGCACCUCAAGGAAAAGAUUUGAUCCGUACAUUUGAUGUUUUUGAAAGGUUUCAAAAUUGUAGUAUCUCACAGUAAUCUUUCUUCUGUAGUUUUCGAAAUCUCUCAUUAAAUCUUUCCUAAUACAGUGAACGCUCUAUAUAAGCAACUCAUUUGAAUCAAUUUCAAUGAAAACAUUUCUUAUUGGAAAAAGUUACUUAUAGGAAAAAAAGGAGUAUAAAAAUACUUACCAUCUGGAAAAUAUUUUUACUUAUUUCUUUUACUAAUUAAGCUGAGUAGAAUAAAUAAAAUAUAAAGAAUGUUGCUUAUAUAGAGCGUUCACUAUACUAAUUUCCAAUUUAUUCUUCUAUAAAAUUCUCUACAUUUACUCUAUUUUUGAAAUAUGGCCACGUGGACGAUGUCGCCAUUUAUUGAAUAAGCCAUUUCUCGAAACUACUAAAAAGUGAUCGGUUCCGACGUUCCUACCUAUUAUGGUAGGAAAAGCCUCUUGUGCCCUUCACCCUUACACUACACUAUAAAUCUCCUUACACUAUCCCAGAACUUCUCUCUGAUCUUGGGUGGCUUGAACAAAAACACGGGUCAAACCAAGAUUCAGUCGUAUCUAAAGGAGUCUACGACUCUCAAAUUUAAAUUCUUUAACUGAAGUAGCUAGGAAGGCCGGGGUUGCGUACCAUUAUGUCCUAACUUUAAAAUUCUUUGUGUUUAACAAAUAAACAAAUAAAUUAUCUGUGUCGAAGUAAAUCCGUCACUAUCAUUGUGGAACGUCGCAAUAUGAUCAUCUGUAUAUGCACUCGAGUCACGCUGCGCCCCACGUGUAAAUAUUUCAUGUUUGUCCAACUAAUGUCCUGAAAUAUGAGGCGUGUGGUGUGGUGACUGGCGUCUGAGGACUGCCUAAUGAUUUAGAUUUUAGUACAUUAUCCGCAUUAAUUAACAAUCUAUUCUUUUCUUUAUUUUGUAUUCCUCUAAUCUCGUGUUAUGUCUGUCUCGUCGCAGUGUGUAAGCGCCCUAAUUGUAAUGUUAGAUUAGCAAAUUUGUAAUGUUUAAUAUUAUGUUUACGCUAUAAUAUUUCAAAUGACACGACCCAUGCGGAGGCGACGGUAGAAGUGGGACUAUGAACAAAUCUUGUAUAUUUUUAUGGUGUCUAUAUAAUUACAGUUCGAUAGUUUCAAGUGUAACCGCAACCUUAGAACAAUUUCAUUGGCUGCAACUCUCUGAUGGGUUUUAGCAUCCGCAUUAUGAUCAGUGCAGUUCUGUUAUUGAGAAUCUGUCAUACUUUAUAUUAUUUUUAAUAGUGUACUCGUGUCAAAGAGUUUUUUCUUGAUUAGUAACUGAUAAUAUGCAAAAGAGAAUAAAUGUUUAAAAAUGUAUAUCUCCUAGAAUGCAUCUCUCCUGUGUGUACAGUGACCCGACCUGUGUGAUCAGACAAUGGGGUCUAUUUUGAAGCGCCAUCCGCUCCAAUCUCUAGAAGUAAAUUAAUAAUAGAAUUUUGUAACUUGUUUAUAUUUACCUCUCGGUGAUCAGCAACUGUUUUGCUAAAGUACCAAAUUAAAACUAUAAUGAGCAAUGGCACGUCAGAAUCGACCAAAUUAUCUACGUCUUGACCAUUCCUCUCCGCUUGAAUUCGUCAUGAGUUGCUCAACUUGCUUCAGUCGAUAUUUCGCCAGAGCCUACAGCCGCGCAAGCGACUCUGUUCAUAUUUACAACUGUUUCAAUGAAUAUUCGAGAGUGCUGCUUCUAUCCGAUCUGCUCUUCUUUUGAAUACUACUUAAUAAGCAUUACACCGCAAUAGUACAGUUUGAGUGAUAUGAGGGCGCGUCCAGAUAUGAACUAGGCGUGGCUGAUAUAUCUAUAGGUAUAUGGGGUUUCUCUGGACAUUGAUGGCGGGAAAAGGGCCAUCACUCAUUUCGUACCAGCCGGAUAACUUUGAACAUUUCGAUUUGGCUCUUUAUUUCGAUAUUAUAUAUUGGAUACUGAUGUUCAAUAUAUACAUAUAUUAAAAUAUCGUACCUGAUAUCCGUCAUGGAGCCAAUAUAUACAUAUUGUUACACAGUAUAUUAAUGUAAUCUGUUUCUUAAAAGCAGUAUUAGUAUUCAAUUACAGAGUUUCCAAAGAAUAUCUUUUUCUCCUACAAACAAAUCAUAUAUUACCAAAAACUAAAAAAAAAUAUUUUUGAUAAAAAAACAAUCUGUAUAUAUGUACCAAUGGCAAUACAUAGUACAAGGUAUGCAUAUACCUAUUAUUAUGUAAUUCUGUUGGUACAGAUACAAGCUUUUUUUUCGAGAAUUUUUAUUUAAAUUUAAUUUUAAUUAAUACUAACACCGGUUUUAAAGAAUGGUUUACGUUAAUGAACACGCUGUAUAUCGCCCGCGGCUAGUACGAUCAUUUCGUCGUGUCAUAGGUUGUAAUGUGCGUGUGACGUCACUAUGUUUGAGCGUUCUCAUCUCAGGACGCUGCUCGGCGCUCUUAGAGAAGUGGCCGACGAAUCGGUCUGUAGACACUGUGGAGGGCAGUGGCGGGGGAGGACCGUCGCUGUGCACGAACAAGGGUCCGUCUAAACACUUUAUAGCAGCAGACGUUCAGGUGGCGCUGCAGUAGCAGAUGGGUACAUUUUAAAGACAGGAAAGCAGAACUUCCGCUUUCUAAUGGUGCAAUUUUCCAAAAAACAAACCUGAAAUAAAUAAACAGGGGCAUGAAGUAUAAUUCAUGUUAUGUCAAAUAUCACUGCUAAACUAAUACAUAUGAAAGUAUUCAACUGUACUAAUUUCACGUCAUCAAAAACUGCUAAAUUAAUUUCACACCCCGUUGCUACUCUAGCGCCACUCGGGAGGGAUCCGGACCUGUUCGCCCAUACGUGAUAGUCCCCUUUAUAUCCCCCCUCUGCAGUGGAUACUGCUGCCUUACACAGUGGAUACAUUUUGUAUUGCUGCCUUACACAGGAGUACACCGGCAUAUUCGCUCGUCACUUGUCUAACAGAGCCGCUGUUUACCAUAUAGAGCCAUCUAUCGAGAUAUUUCGGCUUUAAAUGUGAGAUGCAUCCACUACGUCACAAAAAUGAAUUUUAUUUUAGUAUCAUUAGUUUAUUAUUAAGCAGCGAACUCGCACGUUUUUUAUUAAACGUAGCCUGUGUCGCUGUUGUUGAGGUCGAUUCUGAGGCGAUAAAAUGAAAACUUCAAUAUCUUUGUUCUAUGGAUUAAUAUAAACUGAAUUUCUAGUAUAUUUAAGUCAAAAUUGAGUUAAAAUAUUUGGUUAAGAGAUAGUUCUAUAAAGACGUCACCUCGGAAUUGAUCGCAAUGUACUUUAUGUACUCGUAGGUUAAAUAUUUUAAACAUCUGUUAAGUAGUUUGUUUGUUUGUAACAUUUUGUUGUUCAGUAAAUCUUAAAUUAUAGAUAGAAUACAGAGUUCUUAAGAAUAGAACGAGUAUCAUGGCGAAUUCAUCCCAUAGUUUCAUUUAUUACAAAUAAACAUACAAAAUUUAAUUGGUUGAGGAUUAAGACCGCAAUACGAAUGCCAUCACCUUUCGGUUCUGUCUGUAUUUUAGACAGCAACAUAUUUCUAAAUUUAUUUGUAAAUGACUUUAUUUAAAAUAAAUUUUACCCCAAGCCACUGAUAAUGUAGCUUUUCACACGAGAAAGAAGUUUUAAAAUCGGUUUGAGUUUAUCCGUUAUAAACAAACAAACAAACAAACAUACUCAACAUCGAAUCUUUAGUUUUUACAACAUUAGUUUAGAGAAUAGGAUAAUAAAAUAAUAAGUGGCGGCGGAGAGCUCGUUCUCUGAACUGUGUUUUUAUGAAUGAAUGAAUGCAUAAAUGUGUGAGAGAAUGAAUGAAUAACUUUAAUUCUGAGCCCGGUGCAAUGUCACAAAAAUUGUAUCAUUCUGCCUUUGAAUGCAUAUUCGCUACAACUGUGGACGCAUGGAUGGAUUUAUACGGUAUUUUUGUAAUGAAUGAAUAAGAAUGUAAUGGCGGAAUGAUCACAUAAUUAGAAUUAGAUAAAUUAGAAUAAUUGAUUUGUUUACAUCACAUGUUAUGAAUGGAGCGGUUUAGAUUAGGAGAGUUCACACUGUCACUCACUAGUGUCCCCACACUCUAGUGAGUGACAGUGUGUCCACACGUCGCAAUCGGCUGUCAAUUUUCAAAAAUAAUUUAAUUAUAAUCAAAGUCCUUGAUUGUUUUUUUGUUUAUUUUUAAUUUCACUAGCGGAGCGUUUUUAAACCAUCAAUCAGAUACACUGAAGAAUGUUCAAUUGUUUUUGAAAAUUAACAGAUAACUGCGACGUCACCACCCUCUGUCAUGGACGCUUCUAAGAGUUUUAGCAUUUUAGCCCACCGAUUGAAUGACCGACGAUAGUAUAAUCAUUUCCAAUAUUUUCGAUUGUUUAUUUAAAUCGUGCUCUGAUAGCGAAGCAAAACGUUUUGUUCAUGCAAUAAUAUUCCUGUUGAUCCAUCACUGUUUUCAGUAGCAGGUUUAUAUGGAACUUGUUUCAUGAUUGACGUCAUUAAAUUCGCUAGCAGAGGACUUUUCAAUAUCAGUCAGAAAUAUUAAAAGUGGUUAUUUUUUUUUUAAUUGACAGUAAAUUUGGAAAAGCGAAAGCAUGAACGGUAGUAAUAAUAAUUUUGUAACACAUACAUUACAAUGUUACGACACGACGAAAUGUUCACAUGUAGACGCGCCCUAAUACCUGCCAUUACUAUCCGGGAUUGCCCCGGUACUAUCCCAGGUGUACCUUCACGAGCAACUCUGUUCUCACAUCGGCAGGCUGAUUACCUAUCCAGCGAUCACUUAGUGUUAGCUGGAAAUUGCUCAAUAAUUGCUAACAAUAUAAAUUUUACUAUUAUGUAUUGGUUUAUUAAUUUGUGUAACGGUUAUAUGUUCAUUUUAUAUUCUUUUUCCUUUAUAUUAAUUCCCGUCACUGUGUACUUUUGUUGUAAUUGAUCGUCUAUAUGGGGCCUAUUUUAUUUUGAAUGUUUGUUUCGCCUAUUGAUCGCUCGCCAGUAAUAGUGCAUCUGUCUAUUGGAAGACGUCCAAUCUUUGACAAUUGACCAUCGUUGGCGUGAUUGUGGAUUACUAAUUGAUAGGUGAUCAGCCUGCGGAAUUCUAUGAUGCAAGUAUUUAAUGUAACUACUAUAUGUGUGUUGUAUUUAAAAGUCGAUGUAUAAAGGGCGCUGGCGGUGGAGAAAUGGCCACGCGCUCCGCGACCCACCUCCGUUCGAUGUCUAGUAUACGAAUUUAGAUUAACAUUUCUACAUAGACUAAUAUUAAUUAAUUUGUGAUUAUAAGAGUUUCAUGUUAUGUCUAAGGAAUAUCAUGUACUUACUUACUUAGAAUACGUUUAGUUUAGACAGAGACUGAAUAUUUUACUAUCGUAAUGUUUGCAUGUAACUUGUUUCUGUUUCCAUCUACCAUUAUCCGCUGUGACUACUAAGCAUUGACGAUAAGACUGGUUCAGAAGCGGUGUCUCUCGAAAUCCAUCUUUAAAAUUAAUAUAUCAAUCAAAGUCCGGUUCUGAGGUCCAAUAUGAGCUAAACUUGUAAUAGACUUAAGCCAAAAUUAUUAUAAGUCUAAUUCAUGAUGAUCCAUGAACCAAUGACUUCGGGAAACUAUCAGAUCAAAAUAUUAGGUUAAGAAAUGGGUUUAGAGAAACGACGCAUAAGAGUCGACCGCAUUGAUGUGAAAUAUUAUUCGCAGCUCAAAUUAGAUUUUUCACUUGGUUUACAUUAGAGCCAUCUGUUGUGAAAUUUAGGCGUGAAUGCUUCAUUGUCACGUAUAGGCUCCAGCGUUCUACGUCAGUAAAAUGUACAGUCUCUGGCUUAGAUAAGGAGCAUUUUGUGUAAUUCGUUUACAUUCCCACAUUGAAUCGUAGCUGAGACUGAUUUUUUCUAAUAAAGGAACAGACAAUAGCCUUGUGAAUUGAUGUAACCUCAAAAUUAUCAAUGAACACUGUAAAAUACACGUAACUAGUUGUAAGUCUCAGAGGGGAAACUCUCACCGCUCGAGACGGUGGGCUCGACUCUAAAGCACCAUGCUCUGAACCUGGCGUUAACAUUCCACUUUGAUAUCACAUCGAAAUUCUUAUUCAAAGGAACAAUAUAAACUAAAUUUGUCCUAAAACUAUCUAAUUAUAAUAUGAUGCCAAGAGAGAGGUUUAGAGGAAUGGCCCUUCGGAUUUGAGCCCAAUGAAGAACUGAACUGGUACAAAUAUGAUGUUAACGACUCCUUGCCAACGAUAUUAUUUUGGUGAUUUGAUAAAUAAACUGAUUUUCACUUA